AUGAGCUUCGAUAGUAUAAUUGAAUCUGUUAAGGUUCGUAUUGACAGCUUGACGCGGGACUGGAAUGAGCUGAAUGCUGCGACAGCAGAGACGUCAAACGACGAACUGAAGCAGUUGGAAGAUAAACUGAAUCUGGUUCAGGAGCAGAAUACAGUGAUUAUACUUGAACUCGGUCGCAUCAAAAAACUGCUCAGCAUCGAAGAGGACAAAGCCAAUAAUCUUUUCAGUGCAGUGGUUGACACAUCUGGCAACGCAUUGAAUCUGCCUGGUUGCACCGAUAAUACCUUCGUGAUUACUCCAAACAAUAAAGUGGAGAGGAAAGGUUCUGAAUGGCUUCCCUCAAUAGGAUCACAAAAACUGCCAAGGCCAGGCUCCACCAUCGAACGGCUUACUGACUCGAACCACGAUUUCUCUCCACUUAACCGAUACCCUUUAGCUUUCAAUGUGCAGAGUUUCCUAAACCACUCUCCAUCACCGUGGAAAAGAAGUCUCGAAGCGGAAUCGCCAGCGGAAUCCCGUAAGAGGAUUCGCAAAGAGGAAGAACCUGUUACCGAUGAGAACGAAUAUUCAGACUACCGCAAGCUCCAGAAUUUGCAUCUAGUGGAAUCCCCCUCUGGUAAACCCAUAGUAAAACCACAAUUGAGACCAUUGUUGGCAUCAAACGUACAAAAAAUGGAUAAUGUGAAGAUCAUUAAAUCCCAGGUCGACAUGAAAGAUUUCAAAUUCCUCAUGAGCGCUGCGCCACCGUCUAUCCCUGCCAUGUAUCAAGAAUAUGAAUUCGUUUUGAGACCACAAAUUUUGGAUUUCGAACAAAAGUUCGGCAAAGGUCAGCUCUCUAAGUUACCGCAAGUCCGGACGUAUCAACGGCGCAGAGCACUUGCGUGUGAAAUCGGCAAGUACGCAACACGAAAUGGCAUUUCGAUCGAAGAGGCGGUGCAAUAUUUCGAGAAUAUCAGAGUUCGCAACAAUAAGACAGUAGCUUGGAUUUACAAUAACUUGACAGAUAUCCUAGAGCAAUAUUGUUCGUGA